AACACACAGAGGGGGUAAGGAGGCUGGUGCUUAACCCCUCCUGAUCCUGAGGACUCAUUGCCCGGUCUUCUUCUUCUCACAGUUAUCAGAGUCUGGACGUUCAACACAGGUGUUUCAUGCCAUGUCGGCAGUGACCAGCCAGCCUCUUCCCUUUGUUCGACUGGAACGAGAAAAGCACAUCCAGAUGAUCUUCAGAGCUUUCAAGAACCGCUGUGGGCCUUCGUGUGAGUGCCAGACUCACUCACCUGGGCCAAAACCCCUCCAAAUGCCUCCUGACUGGGAGUCUGACGAGCAGCUUUCAGGUCCUGAAAGGAAAAUGGACAACAGCUACAUGCAGCCAUCAGAGAAAGGAAUGGAGGAGCAGAACCUUGGAGGUGCAGCGGGGCUGGACUUCAUGUCCGUGCUGGAAACAGUCAGUCAGAUUCAUAUUAGUGCUAGACCAGAGCUGCAAGGUCCACAGUGUGUUCCCCGGAGGAUCUAUAGCCUCACCACAGGAGGCAGCAGGUCGCAGUUACUUGUGGUUGUGGAAGAGAGUUCAUGCGUGUGUCUCCAGUGCUGCGGUCCAGCUCGGGCCUGUUCCUUGAAGGGCUUUGACUGUCAAGGGCACCAGGUCUUUUAUUUUGAAAGGCCCCUUAGGGUGGAUGCUUGCUGCCUCGGCUGCUGCCUGAUGGAGAUGAGGGUCUACACACCUCAAAAGCAUCUUAUUGGCACUGUGUGCCAGAGGUGGAGCAUGUUCACCCCUCUCCUGGAAGUGUGUGAUCCGGAGGGAGCAUCUACCAUCAGAAUCCAGGGCUCCUGCUGUCCCUGUCGCUGUUUCUCCGACCAGCAAUUUCAGAUUGUCUCAAACAUUGGUGAGAAAAUUGGCAUGAUAUGGAAGAAAUGGCCUGGCUUCAACGGCGAACAUAACAUGGACCAUGAAUAUUUUGGGCUGCAGGUGCCACCGACUAUGGAAUCGCACAAUAAACUGCUGCUGCUGGGAGCCACUUUCUUGUUGAAUCACAUGUUCUUUGAGAUGAGCUGAUCAGUAAAUAAAGGACCAAUCAUCACUGCAACAUAUGCACCAAGGCAUAUAUGGCAUUAAAAGGUGUAGCUGAACCUUUCUUAACAAACUCACUUUCAGUUUAAACAUUUGUCUAUGAAAGAAAGUGAC